AUGGACAAUAAUUAUCCAAGUAAGUUACAUUAAUUACGGAAAUAUUAUAAUAUUAUUAUCAAUAUAGUUAUAUAAAAUAAUACCUAUUGAACAAAUGAAUUAAUUAGGUUGGUAUAUUAUAGUACCUAUAUGUACCUAUACAAUAUACAUACGUAUAUUGUCCAUAUGCCAUAUACGUUUUUAGAACCCAGCUAUAUGGUUUAUAUUCAAAAAUAUAUUCUGUAAUACUUGAACUAAAUAGUAGAUAUUCAGGAUAUUUUACUAUUCCUUAAUUUUAGGAAUGUUUUAAUACUUUUCUUGAUAGUUUUAUAGUCUACUUCAUAUUAUGUUGUUGUUAUUACAAUUUAAAUUUUCAAUUUAUAUUCAAAUACUUAAAUUACUAAAUUAGUAAUUGUUUUGAAGGUGCUAUAUUAAAGUAUCCUUAUCUUUUCUUGUACAAUGAUGAUUAGAAAACAAUAUUUAAUUAAUAUAAACUAUUAAGUAAUUGUGUAAUAAACGAAGACUACCUGAUUCAUUGUUAAUAUUAAGUAUUAACAUUUUUUAUAGAAAGAAAUUUGUGAUUUAAGUUUUUAGUACAAAUCAAGAACAGAUCAAAUGAACUCAAAUGGCCACAUAUUUCUAAUUAUUUCGAACAACUAAAGUCAAGUGACUUAAAUUUAAAUUCGAACAAUUUAAUCUUUAAAUGCCUGAUCUGUGACCUAAAAGAAAAACAAGUGUCUACUUCUAAAUUAUCUAAUUCAAAUCUUAGAACACAUAUAAAAGUAAGAUACCUAUACGGCUAUACCUACCUUUAAAUUAUAUGUAGGUAUACAUUGAAAUUCAAGUUUAAAGUUGAUUUCUUUAAAAAAAAACUAUAACUGUUUACAUGGUUAUAUCAAAAAGUAGGUUGAUAUUAAUAAUUGUAUUUAUUAGUUCAAUAUGCAAUACUUACAAAACCAUUUAUAACUUUAACUUUAUUUUGAUGUUUAUAUACAUACCUAUUUUUUUUUAUCUAUAUCAUUUAAAAGAGUAUUUGCAGUUUGAACUAGAAUAUUUUACAAAUUAUUUUAUUUGUUGUUAUUUCAGCUUAAUCAUCCAAGUGAGUUGAUAGAAUUUAACAAUUGUGCCAAAAAAAAGACCAAUAAAUUCUUCUACGUUUAUAGCUCAUAAACAACUAAAAUUGAGUGAGGUUGGUAAAGUACAACCAACCAAAAAGUUGAAUCAAAAUCAAUUUGACAGGGAAAAUAUAAAACUAAUAAUUGAAACUGUAUCACAUUUUUCAUUUAUCGAACAUCCUGCAUUUAUAAACUACUGUAGUGUGACAUCUAAUAAAGUUCCUGCAUCAUGUAGAAACUUCAUGCGUGAUGUAAAAUUUUUAUACGCCAAAAUGAUUAGUGAAAUUGUCCGAAACUUGGAAAAAAUUAAAUAUGUAUGUAUUACAGCAGAUUGUUGGAGCAUAUUUCACAGGUAAUAAUAUAUAAUAUAAUAUAAUAUAAUUAUAUUUCAUGUAGAUAAAUUAAAUUUUUAUUUUGAUUAUUUUAGAUCAUACAUAGGAUUUACAAUCCGCUGGAUUAAUCCUCUGACAUUGGAAAGAUGUUCUAAAGCUACUAGCUUGCAAGCGAAUGAUAGGAAGACACACAUAUGAUAAUAUUGCAGAAUCAANGCUCAAUGAAUUUAAAAUUCAAAAUAAAACAACUUUAAUAGUCACAGACAAUGCUGCAAAUUUUGUAAAAAGUUUUAGGUAAGUAGGUAUUUUUUUUAUACUUAAUAAUUUUCCAUUGUUAAAUUUGAUUUAUAUUUUACAAGAACUUCUACUAAUUACUAGAGGCCAGAUUUCUAUGUCCUCAUAAAGAUUAAAAAAAAAUGUUUUAUGCAGUUAAAAUUAAGAAAUAAUUUCUCAUAUAGUACUUUGAAUUUUCCUUCAAAAUAAGCUUUUACUAAAACAGAAAAUGAAUAUUUUGGUUUUUAACUGUUUCAAAAAUACAAACUAUUAACUUUUUAUGUUAAUUACUUUCAAUAAAUUCAACCAACAACUUUAAAAAAAUCUAGUUGAUAGGUAUUUCAUUCAUAAUAUUGUUAAUAAAUUCUAAAAGCAUAUUGAUAUCAGUUAAAUUUUUAAAAUAAUUUAAAUUAGAUUUAAUUAUUAAAAUAAUUUAAGAUGAAAAAUAAAUCAAUGGGAUAUUACUGUUUGCUUUUUUGGUUAAUAAAUAUUAUAUAAUCAAAAUAUAAUCUCAAUUUCAUUAUUUUAUAGAGUAUACAGUAAAAAUGAUAAUGAUUCUGCUACAAAUGAUGAUAUUGAUUUUACUGGGGCUAUUGAAGUCUCUGUUGAAAUCACUAAUGCUCUUAGUUCAGAACAGAACAUUGAUCAACUUCUGAAUAUAUCAUUGCCCCCACACCAACGUUGUUCGGCUGACACAUUAAACUUAAUAGCAUCUGUUGAUAUUCAAGAAGCUGAAAAAGAUUUUGCAUAUAGGACCAUAAGCCUAAAAGUAUUUAAAAAAUGUCAAGCGAUUUUCAACAAGCAAAAUCAGUCUACAUUAAGUGCAGAUAUAAUUAAAAAUCAUCUUGGACGGUAUCUCAUCACACCGAAUGCCACCAGGUAUCUCUGUACUAGUUUCAAUAAACUAUAUAUUAUUCAAGAAUAA